GAUUAUUUGCACACUGUCAAUCAGUUGCUUGGUCACAGACGCGUUUUAUCAACAGCGGUCAGUGCGUCCUGAUGAAGAGACGGGACUGAAGUGAAGUGCGGGGAUGAAGUCUGCUUCCAAGACCACCUGUACACACAGACAUAAGUCCUCACAGGUGUAUCACGCCAUCAAGUCUCUGUACCCAAAUGAGGGAGUGAAACCGACCGCACUUCCAGACAGCCCUGCCACCCAGGUGGAGAAGGCUGCCAGUCUGCUAAGGAGGAGAGCAGAUGAGGGAGACAGACAGGCCUUCUUCCUUCUGGGACAACUGUACUUCGAGGAGGGUCUCUAUGAAGAGGCCAAGCGAGUGUUUGACAGCCUUAAGGAACACGAUCCCAGAGCUCUGUUUCAGAUGGCCGUCAUGAGGUACGACGGCCUGGGAGCCCAGUCCGACCAGGCAGAGGCAGUGAGCUACAUGCGGAGGGUGUGCCAGUGGGAGGGUCCAGAGACAGGCAGCAUUCGACAACUGGCCCUCUAUAACCUAGGCAGGGCCUACUUGGAGGGCUUUGGAGUUCCUUACUCCAUCAAGGAGGUUGAGAGGUUGUGGUUACAGGCAGCCGAGGAGGGGAGGCCUGGGGAUGGGGCGUCUGCAACCGCCCAGACCAACCUGGCCAUGCUGUACAGUCGCCCCGAGAACCUGGACCUCCAAAAGGCCUUCUUCUGGCACUCUGAGGCAUGUGGUAACGGCAGCCUCGAGUCCCAGGGUGCUCUGGGAGUCAUGUUCCUGUAUGGGCGGGGCGUCCAUCAGGACCCCGAGGCAGCCCUGGACUGCCUGAAGGAGGCGUCGGAGCGAGGGAACGUUUACGCGCAGGCACAUUUGGUGGCCUACUACUACCACAGGAAACUGUACACGCGUGCUGCCACACUGGCCAAGAGGAUUUGUAGCUAUGACGACAUCCCUGCCAUUGCUACGGCAACGGAAUGUCUACCUGAGUAUGUUGAUAAGGGUGUGGCCAUCGCCUUGUUCUACUACGCCCGCUGUCUGCAACUGGGGAGGGGCGUGGCCAAGGACACACAGCAGGCUCAACUCUACUUUGUUAAGGUGGGCUGGCUCACAGAUACACACAUACAUACAAACACAUUCACACACUCCCUGACCACAGUCUUGUCCGUUAAGGCUGCCCAGUUGAAUUCUGAAGUUUGCAAGGACCUCCAGACUGACAUCAUCUUCAACAGGAUGUAGCCUGGC